AACAUGUAUGCGAGACAUUUUCCAAUCAAUUUCCUUUAAAGUCAGAGAUAAAUUCAGUAAUUUAAAUUUAUUAUUAAUGUCUUCAACCUUUGAAUCACUCUCCCAUGGCUGCUGAUCACCAUGAGAGUGGAAAGAGAAUCAACAAACAGCACAGACCACUCAUUAGCUGCUUCUCUUGUUUCGGGUCGUUUAAGGAAAAAAAGAAGUCCAACGAUGACAAGUUUGUUAAUUUCAGGACGAGACGGGCUUCGGGCCGGGCCAGCACUAGAACGGUCCCAAUUAGCCAGCCCGUGACAUUUUCCAAUACAGAAAUUCAUGAGAUUGAGGCCGUGCAGACGAGUGUUGGUCAGAAAAUUGUGGCACCCGAAUCACAAGAACUUAUCAGAAAUAAGGUAAUUGACACGUCCAAGAAAAAUAAAAAUGCAAGCAACGGAAGUCAACUGAUGUCUUCCACAAAAUUUGGCCAAAAUAAUAAAAAUCAAGAUACUUGUAACAGCACAGUCAAACUAAGGCACUCAGUAUCUCUACCACCACCACGAAUGAAGAGUGAGAAAUCAACGGCUGGUGGUGACAACAAGUCCCCAAAUAGAGGCAAGUCGAAAAUCUCUCAUCAACUGGACUCAACAGUUGGGGCAUUUAUCAUAAUGUUGACGUUGAUAGUUAUGCUGAUUUGGGGUAAGGUUUGUGCGGUUAUGUGCACGGCUGCCUGGUUUUACAUCAUCCCUCGUUUUCGGGCAAAUCAUGGUAUUUUAAACGUAGAUGAGUUCGAAAAUGAUGUGAAGCAAAUUGAUGUGGAUUCUUCGGAGUACAAGAAAAAAGUUGUUCUGGAAGGAUUGAUUACUCGGGAGGUAUUGAAAAAUACUAUGUAACCAAAUUGCCACACAUCUUUUUGCAUCAUUCUGUCGAGUAAUUGACUCUCAUGUAUCCUAAUCGAUUUUUGUGUGUGAAUUAUUGUCAAUAUUUUGAAGUAGUGUAAUUCAAGUUUUGGGAUGUUUAGUGAGUUUUCAGUUUACUAGACAAUGUGAAAACACCGUGAGGCCAAAACCGAAUAUGAAUCGUAACACCUUGAAAACCAUUGAUUGGAAG